AUGUCUCUUCCAUACUUAAAAGGAAAUUGUACCAGGUACCAAAAUUUAAUUGAAAAGGAGAUAAGCAAAAGUGGAGCUCUCGUUUCCCAGGAUGCCAUGGAAGAAGAUAUAUCCGAACUACUUCGUCAGGUGGAAUCAUCGACAAGGCGACUUGAGGACUUCAGUGGUAAAUUGGAAGAAAAUAUAGAGAAGUGGUCCCUGUCUGUAGAAAGCAAAGAAGUUGACCAAGGUGAAGUAGAUAAAUUUACAGGUGAUAGUGAAAGGUUAUUUGCAUUAUUAGCUGAAGCAGCUGAACGCAUAGAUCAACUUAUGAUGCUGGAGAGGAGUUUACAGGAGAGAAUAACUACUGUGAAAGCUACACGGCAAACUACUGAUUCAAGAAUUGAUCAUAUUGUAUUUUUACAAGAAAAAAUGCAAGAACAGAUACUACAAUUUCAAGAACUACAACUUCAUCAGUCCCAAUUUCAUACAGCACCACAAGGCCCUUUAGCUGUAAGGCUUCCAAAACUGGAACUACCCUCCUAUAAUGGAGACAAGAUCAAAUUUAAAGAAUUCUGGGAUGCCUUUGAUGCUACAAUCAACAGGAAUAGUAAGCUCUCUAGGAUUGAGAAAUUCAACUAUCUUCAGAGCAAACUCACAGGAGAAGCCAAGGCAGCUAUUUCAGGAAUUUCGCUCUCGCAUGAAAACUAUGAUGUAGCCAUUGAUAUCAUACAGGAGAGAUUUGGGGAUGCACAGUCAGUGAUCAAUAAACAUUAUAUGGAACUGAUCAACAUACAGCCUGUGACAAAUGAUACAUUGAGUUUGAGGAGACUAUAUGAUGACCUUGAGAAACACAUGAGAAGCUUAGAAGCAUUGCGUCAAGAUGUAAACCAGGAUGUGUUUGUGUCAAUGAUAACUUCGAAGUUACCUAAGGAAACACUGCUGCAGCUUGAAAUACAGAAAGGAAGUAGAGACAAAUGGACUGUUAAGAAACUAAGAGACUUGUUUAAAGCUUAUGUCACAGCAAAGGAAUCUACAGAAUUUCAAGCUUCAGAUGCUCAUAAUCAUGUGGAAAACCAUGCAACAGCAGAGGCUUUAAUGAUAUCCACUAAAGGGUCAAAGGAAAGAAGAAAUGCAUCAAGUGCAAAGUCUCCAGUGUGCAGUUUUUGUAAUGGAUAUCAUUGGACUGAUGAGUGCAGAAAGUACAGAACCAUAGAAGACAGAAAACAAAGAAUUAAAGGGAAAUGCUAUAUAUGCUUAAGACCUGGACACAGAAUUAAAGACUGUAGAGUUGUGAAACCAUGUUUUCAUUGCAGAGAGAGUAGGAAUCACCAUAGAAGCCUGUGUCCAAAGAAAUUUCCACAUCAGAGAGAUGAAUCCACAAGGCUGGAAAAAUCAACACAGAAAGAAACAUCUUGUUUAGCAGACGAGUCACACAAAGAGAAACAUUCCACAGCAGAAUCAUUACAGGAAAGCAGUAUGUUUACAUCAGGGGAUAUUGUGUUGAUGCAGACUGCCCACACAGAAGUGUCUAAUCCUGUUACAAACAAGAAGGAAGCUGUCCGGAUUUUAAUGGAUUCUGGAUCCCAGAGAACAUACAUUACAGAGGAUCUAGCAAAGAGAUUAAACCUUAGAAUGGGUCAAACUGAAGAAAUUUCAUUGAUUACAUUCGGUGCUGACAAACUAAAGCGAGUGAAAACUCCACAAGUCAUCUUGAAGAUGAAACUUAAAGAAGAAGAAUUUAUGACAAUCAAUGCCAAUGUUGUGCCGAAAAUCACAGGAACUAUACUGAGAAGACCCAUACCACAAAUUGCCAGGGAAAAGUUGUUUAGCUUGUGUAGACAUCUCCAGAUGUCUGAUACUAUUCCAACAGCCUUUGAAGAUUCUAGAGUAGACAUACUCAUUGGAAAUGAUUAUUACCUUGAUAUCAUCUCAUCUGAGAAAAUAGGGGUACAGGAAGGACUGUAUUUAUUAGGAUCCAAACUUGGGUGGAUCAUAACAGGAAGGACUCACAGCAGUAAUGAAGAGAGAAAAGAACAUCAGAUGAUGAUAGCAAAUGGAUUACUGUCAAUUACAGAGUGCUGUCUGCGUUCUUCAGAGAGAUGUUUGCCAGUGAAACCUCUACUUGAAGACUUUUGGAAUUUAGAGACUAUAGGAAUUAAAGACUCCCCCUAUACAUCAGAUGAUGAGGAAGCACUGAGAAAUUUUAAUAGCACCUUAGAGAUGGGAAACAAUAGGUAUCAUGUCACUUGGCCAUGGAAGAGUUCAUGUCCAGAACUUCCUGAAAACAGAGAACUUGCGUAUGGAAGGUUCAAGUCACUUGUACACAAGAUGCAAAGCAAGCCAGACUUCUUACAAAAAUAUGAUGAAAUUAUCCAGGAUCAGUGUACAAAGGGAAUUAUAGAGAAAAUUCCUCACAGUAGUGAAGAAACAGGGAUAAAGCAUUAUAUCCCACAUCAUGCAGUUAUCGACCCAACGAAGCCAACCACAAAAGUUAGGAUCGUAUAUGAUGCCUCAGCAAAGUCGAAACAGAGUAACCUCAGUCUCAAUGAAUGUCUACACAGAGGACCUGUUAUGCUACAGGAUUUAUGUGGACUACUGUUGCGCUUCAGAAUGAAUAGGAUAGGAAUUGUAGCUGACAUAGAGAAAGCUUUCCUGCAAGUUGGAUUGCAAGUCAAAGACCGAGAUGCCACCAGAUUCUUUUGGUUGAAGGAUGUGAACACCCGGAGCAUAGAAAACAACACUCAAGUAUACCGAUUUUGCAGAGUGCCGUUUGGUGUAAUAUCCAGUCCAUUUCUUCUGGCAGCAACUAUUGACCAUCACCUCUCUAUGUACAACAGUGAAACAGCUGAAAAUAUUAGAAACAAUAUCUACGUCGACAAUGUAAUCACUGGAGUAGAUACUGUUACAGAUGCAGAAGUUCUAUACAAGGAUAGUAAAGAGAUAUUUAGUGCUAUGUCAAUGAACCUCAGAGAUUGGGCUUCAAACAACAAGGAAUUUUACAACUCCAUUCCAAAAUCAGAUCAGUCUGUGAGAGAGAAGAUGAAGAUCUUAGGAUUGACAUGGAUCCUCACUGAUGAUACACUUGCAGUACCAUGUUUGAAAUGUGAAACAGAAGUCAUGCCAGUUACAAAAAGAGAAGUACUGCAGCGAGUGGCAUCUAUAUAUGACCCACUUGGAUUUUUCACUCCAGUGACUUUAAAGACAAAGUUAUUUCUCCAGAUGUUGUGGAGGAAGAAUUUAGAUUGGGAUGAACAGCUUACAGAAGAAGAUGUUCAGCAAUGGCAACUUAUAUCUACAGACCUACAAGAUAUUCCACAGUGCCACAUGCCAAGAUACAUUGGACUGCCAGGAGAAGUUACAUGUAGAUUGCUUUGCUUUUGUGAUGCCUCUACAAAAGCGUAUGCCACUUCUGUUUACCUGCAGAUAUUCAACAGGAAAACAAGAACAUGCAAUCUUGUAUUUUCCAAGAUUCGUCUGGCACCUGACAAGAAGAUCUCGCUUCCAAGACUGGAGUUAUUGGCAGUUCUCAUAGGGGUUCGUAGUAUAUUGUUUGUAGAGAGACAACUGACUUUAGCUAUUUCAGAAAAGAUACUGUGGACUGAUUCACAAUGCGUAUUACAUUGGAUUAAGACAAAGAAGCCAUUGACAGUGUUUGUAGAAAACAGACUAAGAGAAAUUCAUAAUAGCAGUGACAUAGAAUUUCAGUAUGUAUCAACCAAGGACAACCCUGCAGAUGUCGCAAGUCGUGGAACAACUGUUUUCUCCCUUAGAAAGAAUAAAAACUGGUGGAAUGGUCCCUCAUGGUUAACAAAGAACAGAAGUGAAUGGCCCACAUGGAAAUUACUUGACAACCAUGAAAGUAAAGAAGCUAUGGAGUCGGAGUACAGAGUUCCAAAGGUACUGUUUGAAGCUAAAUUGCUGGUGGGGGAGGGUCCUAGCAGAAUGACAGAUAGCUCUGACAACCCAUUCUGCCUGGAUGUUAAGAAGAUUUCUUCCUUUACACGUCUUGUGCGAGUUUCCGCCUGGGUACUAAGAUUUAUCAAGAAACUUGAAGGGAACGAAAUACAUCCAGGACCAUUGUCAUCUGAAGAGUUGAAUGAAUCCAAAGUUUUGUGGAUAAAACAUGUACAAAGCCAGCACUUUAAGGAAGUGAAAAUUGCACUGGCAGAAAAGAAAAGACACAAUUUAGUGAAUCAGCUUGGACUUAUAAUAGAUGAAGGUCUUAUUAGAUGUGUUGGUCGACUCGGCGCUGCUCAUAUGACGGAGGGAGCGAGGCAACCAAUACUACUACCAAAGAGAAACCAUGUGACUGACUUACUGAUAGAUAGUCUUCACAGAAGAUCCUUUCAUGUUGGAGUAUCUCAGACCUUAUCCAUGAUCCGACAGACAUACUGGAUCCCACAAGGCCGCUCAGAAGUUAAGAGAAUCUUGAGGAAAUGUACUGUGUGCAAGAGGCAUGAAGGAGGACCAUACAAAAUGCCACUGAUGCCGCCAUUCCCGAAGAAACGUGUUAACGAAUCGGCUCCAUUCACCUUUACUGGAGUAGAUUACUUUGGUCCAAUAUAUGUCAAAACAGAAAAUGGGAACAAGAAAGUUUGGGUUUGCCUGUAUACAUGCUUAGCAGUUAGAGCCAUACAUAUGGAACUUAUGCAGGACAUGUCAACAGAGGAAUUUCUUUUGGGACUUAGAAGAUUCAUUGCACGAUGGGGAAAGCCCAAGCAAAUAAUAUCCGACAAUGGAUCUCAAUUCAAGCUUGCAAGUGAUGUGCUAGAAAAGGUAUGGAAGUCAACUGUUCGGGAUCCAAACGUACAGACCUACAUUUCUAAUGAAGAUAUCCGAUGGCAAUUUAUUGUUGAACUUGCACCUUGGAUGGGGGGAUUUUAUGAACGCUUAAUAGGAGUCGUUAAGCGGGGUCUCCAAAAGACCAUUGGAAAGCUGUGCCUAACCAGUGAACAGCUACGAACUAUACUGGCCGAGUCGGAAGCUGUUGUGAAUUCCAGACCUUUGGUGUAUGUUGGAGAUGACAUCAACUCGAACAUCGUUCUCACUCCAGCACAUUUUCUGACAUUGAACCCAAAGACUGGAAUUCCAGAUGAUGAAAAAGUAGGCGUAGAAGACACAGACUAUUUACCCUUCAUCAGCAGUUCUGAUAAGCUACUCCUUACAUGGAAGAAAGGAAGGAAACACUUAGAUGCUUUUUGGAAAGCUUGGCGAGAUGACUACCUUCUAAGUCUUAGAGAAAGGACCUCUUACAAACUUAAAGAAGGACGAAUUCAACAUAGGAUGGAACCAAGAAUUGGAGAUGUUGUGCUGAUUAAGGAUGAUCUUCCUCGAGGGAACUGGAAAAUUGGACGCCUUUGUGAACUAAUUGUGAGUCGGGAUGGAGAAGUGCGGUCGGGAAAGGUGUUGCUCCCCAGCAAAAGGACCUUAAACAGACCAUUGAACUUGUUAUACCCUAUUGAAUGUUCGGAAGAGAGUGAUUCAAAGAAAAGCGUGGAAAGAAGUGAAAAUCAAAGUACCGAAAGACCAAAUAGCUUAAACCAAGAACAUUCCAAAGAGAGGAAACCGUGUGUGACUGAUUCAGAUGGAACUACUUCUGAAAACCGUCCAAAGCGAAGAGCUGCCGAGAAAGCGAAGGAAAAAAUCAAGGACUGGUUAGAUGCGUAA